CGGAGGACGCGAGGGCUCGCGGUUUGUUUGGGUUGUGGGCGGUGCGCGCACAGCCCGGGAAAAGCGGGAAAUGGCGGCGCCGAGCGCAGGCCCCCGGUCCGCCCUCCAGCAAAAUGGGCUGAUGACCGCUGAUAGGGGGCGCAGGAUAUUGGGAAUCUAUGGCAUGCAUCCUGACCAUCAGGAAGCUCUCAAAAAGAACCGAGUGGUGCUGGCCAAACAGCUGUUGCUGAGCGAACUGUUAGAACAUCUCCUGGAGAAGGACAUUAUCACCUUGGAAAUGAGGGAGCACAUUCAGGCCAAGGUGUGCAGUUUCAGCCAGAAUGUGGAACUCCUCAACUUGCUGCCCAAGAGGGGCCCCCAGGCCUUUGAUGCCUUCUGUGUGGCCCUGAGGGAGACCAAGCAGGGUCAUCUGGAGGACCUGUUGCUCACAACCCUGGCUGGUCUUCAGCACAUCCUCCCACCGUUGAGCUGCGACUACAACUCGAGUCUCCCUUUCCCGGUGUGUGAGUCCUGUCCCCCCCGCAAGCAGCGCCGCCUGUCUCCAGAUACAGUGGAACACUCCCUAGACCAUGGAGAUGGUCCUCCCGGCCUUCAGGUGAAGUCUUGCACUCCUGAGUUUUAUCAAACGCACUACCAGCUGGCCUAUAGGUUGCAGUCUCGGCCUCGUGGCCUGGCACUGGUGCUGAGCAACGUGCACUUCACUGGAGACAAAGACCUGGAAUUCCGCUCUGGAGGGGAUGUGGACCACAGCACUCUAGUCACCCUCUUCAAGCUCUUGGGCUACAAAGUUCAUGUUCUUCUUGACCAGACUGCACAGGAGAUGCAAGAGAAGCUCCGGGAUUUUGCCCAGCUGCCCGCCCACCGUGUCACGGACUCCUGCAUAGUGGCGCUCCUCUCCCACGGCAUGGAGGGCGGCGUCUAUGGCGUGGAUGGUGCGCUGCUUCAGCUACAGGAGGUUUUUCGGCUCUUUGACAAUGCCCACUGCCCGAGCCUGCAGAACAAGCCGAAAAUGUUCUUCAUCCAGGCCUGCCGUGGAGAUGAAACAGAUCGUGGGGUCGACCAGCAAGACGGGAAGAACCAUGAGAGAUCCCCCGAGUGCGAGGAGAGCGAUGCCAGUAAAGAGGAGGGGCUGAAGAUGCGACUGCCCACUUGCUCGGACAUGAUUUGUGGUUACGCCUGCCUCAGAGGGACCGCUGCCAUGCGCAACACCAAGCGGGGCUCCUGGUACGUGGAGGCCCUCACUCAGGUGUUCUCUGAGAGGGCCUGUGACAAGCAUGUGGCCGACAUGCUCGUGGAGGUGAACGCGCUCAUCAAGGAGCGGGAAGGCUACGCCCCGGGCACGGAGUUCCACCGAUGCAAGGAGAUGUCCGAGUACUGUAGCACUCUGUGCCGCCACCUCUAUCUCUUCCCGGGACACCCUCCCACGUGAUGCCACCUCCCACCACCCGUGCCACGAGGAGGCCGCUGGACCACAGGAGGCGUGAUAGAGCCUCCUGUCUCCAGGACGCACGGUUUCUGUCCCUCCCCCUCAGGGAUUGGGAAUAUCCCAGGCUCGUUUCACACGCCCAUCGUCUCCACCUUUGACCUCGUCUCCACCUUUGACCUUAGACUACAGGCUGGCUACUCCCAUGGGAGGCUCUCUCCCUGUGGAACCAGCUCCGGCUGGACCUGUUACCUGGAGUGUUUGGCCUCAGUUGAGGGACUUGCCUGGAGCGUUUGGCAUCAGUUGAGGGACCUGGCAAAUGACGUUAAGAACAUCCGGGUCUCGAUGGGGAGAGGGCGUGUGGGUUUCCUCGAUGCUUGUGUUCAGUUUCUGCCCCCAGGGCUCUUGUAGGAAGCGUUUGGUGAUUGCUUUUAUUACUGUAGUUGAGAUGUCUCAGAGGUCAUCUCCCAUCUUUUCUGUCACAUCCCAGCCCCAUUUGUCUCAGAGUGAGAGUUUGAAAGGUGUCCUGGUUUAACAUAGACCUUUUUCAUUUAGUUUCAGAAGGCCAAGCAGGACAGGAGUCACUCUCUGCUGCUGUGGGUGGGCCCUUACCUGUGCAUACAUUCCCUUCAGUUCCGGAAUGUCAUCCCCUGGAAGGACUGUCUUCUCAACUCCACUCUUGGCUCUUUGGGGCUCAGGGAAUCCAGCGUUCAGCGGAGGUUAGGGUUUGGAUGCCUUGUAUCUGUUACUUGUUGAUCUUUGCCCAUGGAAGUUUCAAAGAUCUUUUAAUUGGUUGUUCCUUCUCUGAGCUUUGUACCUGAAAUGAGCCUUGCAGGGCGUGUCAGCAGAGGCAGAUAAGAGUGGUAUGCUUGCUCAUACUUUGUAAUCUGUCACCUUAUCCUCGUUUUUCUUCCUAUGAAGUGUCCCCUCUAUAAAAGCUUCCUAGUUAUCUUCCUGCUUCCUGUUUCUCCCUUCUUUACCUUCGUCUCAUCCUGUUUACUGCUCCACCAACGCUGUCGAAAAUACUGCUUAAUUGGAUCAUUUGGCUGCUCAAGGAUGUGAUGUAGUACCUUGUUCCCUCUUUCUGCCUCAGUAUCAAAUCCCCUUUUGAUUUUAUGUGGCCUAUUUCCCCUUGCCGUUAUGACUUUCCAUUUCAGGGAGACCACUGCUAUGUAUGUUAUUUGUUCACCCUAGAAGCCAUCUUUAUCUGUGCUUUUAUGAAACUUCCCUAUUCUUUUUUUUUUGCGGUAUGCGGGCCUCUUACUGUUGUGGCCUCUCCCGUUGCGGAGCACAGGCUCCGGAUGCGCAGGCUCAGCGGCCAUGGCUCACGGGCCCAGCUGCUCCGCGGCAUGUGGGAUCUCCCCAGACCGGGGCACGAACCCGUAUCCCCUGCAUCGGCAGGCGGACCUUCAACCACUGCGCUACCAGGGAAGCCCGAAACUUCCCUAUUCGUAAAAGCCUUCUUUUUUGCUGCUGUUCUUGCGCCUUUCAAUCCAGUCUCUGUAUGACAGAUUUUGGUUUGGGUUUUUAAAUAUAAAUCUGAUGCUGUUACUCCCCUGCUUGGAACCCUCUGGUUUCCUAUCACACCUCAAAUAAAAUCCAGACUCUUUACCUUGGCCUGCAGGGCCUCAUUAAGUGCUGAUUUCCCUGUAAGCAACAACCCACUGCUGUCCUCAGUUUCUCAAACAUUCUGAGGUCUUUCCUGCCCUGGGCCAUCAGACACUCUUCUAGGGUCCACUAAGCUCCACUCCUCACCACUCUUGGCUCUGGUGGCUUCUUUCUUUAUCCUUCAAGUCUGAGCUUAAAUGCCACCUUUUUGUGGAGGCCUUCCCAGGCCAUUCUGUCUCUAAGAAUCAUGUUUCUUUAUUACUGUGUCCUGUUUAAUCCCCUUUAUUGCACUUAUCUCAAUGCAUAAUCAUCAGUUAGCGUGCUUCACUUGUUCAUUCCUGUCUCUACUUUAAGCUCCAUGAGAGCAGAAACCUUGUCUCUUUUGUUCACUAAUAUGUACCCAGUGCCUGGCACGUCUUGGGUCUUCAAUAAAUGUUUGCGGAAGGAAGGAAGCAACCUAGACUCCUACUUUUUUUUUUUUUUUGCAGUACGCGGGCCUCUCACUGUUGUGGCCUCUCCCGUUGCGGAGCACAGGCUCCGGACGCGCAGGCUCAGCGGCCAUGGCGCAGGCUCAGCGGCCAUGGCUCACGGGCCCAGCCGCUCCGCGGCAUGUGGGAUCUUCCCGGAGCGGGGCACGAACCCGCGUCCCCUGCAUCGGCAGGCGGACUCUCAACCACUGUGCCACCAGGGAAGCCCUAGACUCCUACUUUUUGACAAAAUUUCCCUUUUGGCAAAAUACCCAGUUUAGUAUUUGUACUUUAUUUUCCCACAUGUUUUGUUUUAUCCACUCGUAUUAUUAGCUCCUGAAGACAGAAAUCACACGUGGGACAACUUUUUCCACGCCUCCCGUGGUUCCGGGCACAGUGCUCAGCCUCUCGUAGUUCAGGUGCUCAGUGAAUACUUGUCCUGCAGGGGUUCGGAGACUUGUUGCCAAGUCCUGCCCUUGGCUCAGUAUCGUAUGGAAGUACUUGGGUGACAGAACCUCUCCUCGUCCCACUGCCAGGAUUUUGUAUUGCCAUCUGGUGCCAAAUAAACGCUCAUAUUUAUUACCGA